UGCACGCGUAACGCAACAGUAUUUCCUGGAUUUUGAUAACUUGUGGAGUUGUUCUCAUGCUAACUUUGGUCACGAACACUACAGUCAUUGCUAUGUAAGCAAAGACCAGCCGUUCCUGUGCGACGCGUUGCAUCCGGCAAGUUCAUUCUAUCAACGCCACAAUGUCGUUGCUGACACUCGCACGCGCAGCGGCGCGACCAAUCACCCUGUGCGCCUGUAACCUCGUGCGUCCCCGCCGCCUCUCCCCCGCGCUCCUCGCAUCGCCACGGCAACCGACGGGGACAGCGUCGCUGCGACCGUGCACGUCUCAGUUUUUUGACGGCGGCGAGACGGACCCGCUGAAUCGCACGUCGGUGACGAUCAUGAACACGGGCGCCGAGUACGGUCUCAUGAUCGACACGUUCAGCGCCGCCGGCUUCCGCCUCAACAACGGCAUUAGCGUCAUCGGGCCGAUGGCGAUCUUCGCUCGCUCGGUGCUCAGCUGGAACGUCGGCGACCACACCGAGAUCACGCCGGACUCGCUCUCGCUGUUCACGCUGCUCGCGCCGCGGCUCGACAUUCUCGUCAUCGGCGUCGGCGACGCGGGGCUACAGUCGCGCGUCGACCCCGCGGUUCUCGUGUGCCUGAGGCGCGCACGCAUCAGCUACGAGCUGCUGCCGACGGAGCAGGCCUGCUCGACGUUCAACUUUCUCAACAGCGAGGGUCGGUACGUCGCCGGCGCGUUCAUCCCGCCGUCGGACGUCAAGCUGACAGCCGACGACAUCCACGACAACGUGACGCGCGAUAGGAACAUCUACCAGAUACCGGACUGAGGUGGCGCCAGCGUUGCCCGGACGCGAUCGCGAGCGGCUCGGGGGGGGGGGGGGGCUGAGACCGAUCGGCAUUGAAGUUAUGAAGGGAUGAACACUUCUCUGAAAAUUGUUAGCCACGGGGGAAGCUGUUGUCAGAAAUGUCUAAAGUAGUUACGACGUCGUAAGGCCCCGGGUAUAACGUCAGAACUUUUACGCAUGGCUUCCUAGAGUUGUGAGAGUCGUAGCUAUUUGUUUUACGAUGAUGACCGCAUGUCUAUCAGAGAAGUAAUCCUCUGUUUGACACGGUAGUUUGUAUCCUUCAUCUGAAAUGACUUGCAACUCGCGGCAAUCGGUUUAUGAUGGAAGUUCUCCAGAUGAUAAAUUCACUGUGCGUGCAAGAGUGCUUUGUUAGGCUAUUCUUAAAAUAUGACAACUUUAGGCAGGGAUGACUUUCUACACUUCAUAGUCGUUGCCCUUCAUAGAGUUGUGUUGAUGAAUCCUUUUUGUAUGAUAUGUUAGAGGUGAGCGAGUUUUUGCUUUGUGUUCAUUAUUUAUGUUGAAAUAAACAAUGUUACACUUUACC